AUGGCUCAACCAGCUGCUGUACCAGCCGCCGUUGCUGUACCAGCCGCCGCUGCUCCGGCGCCCGCCCGCCACGUGCACAACUGGGCCACCCCGGCCAAAUACGCAGGUCGGCUAGAUGACAACUGGUCGGCAUGGUAUGCCCAGUUUGAACAGGUUGCUGCGGUGAACCAGUGGACGCUGGCCGAGCAAACUCAAUUCCUGGGGUUGUCCCUCACCGGGGACGCCCAGCUAUUCUACCUGAGUCUCCCACAGGCGACCCGUCAAGGCGCUAUCGCUAACCUUGCUCAGGCCCUAGAAGACCGUUUCGCUCCCGCUCAGCGUGCGGAACUACACCGGGCCGCCUUCAAAGCGUUGCGACAGGAGAAGGGACAGUCGGCCAGCGCUUACUGUGAGAAAGUAAGGGCGGCUGUCGCCCAAUCCUAUCCCGACAUGGCCGCUGCGGACAGGGAUGUACUUGCAAAGGACCAGUUUCUUGCUGGUCUCGACUCCAGGUCGAUUCGUGUCAGGGUCCGGGAACUAGCUGCGAAUACCCUGGAUGCUGCCCUACUCGCCGCCCUUCACCAACAUUCCAUCCUGCAGGCUGAAGAGCAGGAAACACCACCUCUUCCCGUGUGCGGAGUCGCACAGGAAACGCAGCUAGAGGCAGUCGCUAAAUCGCUGGAAGCCAUCAGCGUUCGACUGGCUCGCCUCGAACAACGUGACGCCGGUCCAACCGCACUACCUCUCCACCAGCUACAACGCAGCCAGCUGCACCGCAGCCAGCCGAGGAGACCCAUUACAUGCUUCAAUUGCGGUCGCUCUGGCCACUAUGCCUCUGAGUGCCGCCAGCCCCGUCAGCCAUCGGGAAACAGCCGUCCACAGCAGUCCUGA